CUUCACUUAUCUUACAACAGAGAAAAUGUCAGAAUCCGGAUUCGACAUGAUACGAGAAAGUGUAAUAUUAGAUUUGAAGAAAUAUUUUCCAGAGCAAUUUACAUAAUUUUUUUUGUUUACAUUGAUUUCCACUUUGAAAAAUGGAUGAAGGAGAAAACGUCGAGUUGAGGACUGUAGAACAUUCGAUUCCAAUAGAUGUAUUGGACGACAUAUUAACGAGGUUUCUGAUAUUUGUGCCUGAAUCUGCCAAACAGAAUUUAAUAAGGAUUUGUUUUCAAAUCGAACUAGCCCACUGGUACUAUUUAGAUUUUUUCGUGGGCAACGAUAGUCGUUUGAAACCUUGCACUAUAUAUGAAUUUGCAGCUCAUGUGUUCCAGCAUAUACCAUUCUUAAAAAGUGAAAGUCACAAGCUAAAAGAAAUACUCGAAGAAUGGAAAGAAUACAAACAAGUUGUACCUACUUAUGGGGCCAUAAUAUUAUCUGAAAAUAUGUCCCACGUUCUUCUAGUUCAAAGUUAUUGGGCCAAAUCAUCUUGGGGUUUUCCCAAGGGUAAAGUAAAUGAAGAGGAAGAUCCAGCACAUUGUGCAGUAAGAGAGGUUUUAGAAGAAACAGGUUUUGAUAUCAGCGAAUAUAUUGACCCUGAGGACUAUUUGGAGUCUACAAUCAAUGAGCAGUUAGUAAGAUUGUACAUCAUCAGAAAUGUCCCAAUGUCCACUAAGUUUAGUCCGAAGACACGCUGCGAAAUAAAGUCAUGUUCUUGGUUUCCCAUAUCUGACUUGCCCAACAACAAAAAAGACACGACCCCUAAAGUAAAAAUGGGUGUUAAUCCAAAUGCUUUCUUUAUGGUUUUACCUUUUGUUAAGAGGCUGAAGAACAUUUGCAGUAGUACAGCAAAAAAGAGUAGACACAAAUCUUUCAGUUUUUGUGAAGAAUUGACAAACACACGACCAAAGACAAAGUCCAUCCAAAAAACUGACAAUUCUGAAACCAAACAUAUCAAGAAAAAGCAAGAAAAAAAACAUUCAAAGAGGCAAUUAUUUGCUGAUUCUCACGAGGAUACCAGUAUCCAAUUUUGCGCCCCUUCAUGGUUGAAUUUCAAAUUCGAUAGAACAGCCAUACUGAAAUGUAUGCCAUGAAAACAUUUCUUUUUGUUGGGAGAUAUUUCAAAAUCUACUUAGAGAAAAUCCAUGACUGAUGACCUGAAAUGUACAGUAUGAACAAAGAAUUCAAGGAAUGUCUCUGUGAAUGUGCGUGUAGACAUAAAAUGUUCGUCAAUUAUUUUGUUGAAUCUCGAAAAGCAUUCUCAUAUGGUUUUGAUCAUCAGUAUCUUGAUAAAUUGAGGCAGUUUUCAUUCCGAAUAAUGAACAACACUAAUUUUUCAAAACUGAUCAGGAUUGAAUUUAAAACACCUAAUUAUUUUUUCGAAAACAUGAAUUAACUUGUCAAGAUAUUGUAUAUAUCCAUUUCUCAAGUUGAAUAUUUGUUUUUUUAAAUACUUGAGGUGAUUAUAAUAUAUUUGAACUAUGUUGGUUUUUAUUCUUUUCAAGUUUUUUUUAUGUUGGUUUUAAUUGUGUAAACUGCUAAUUAAUGGCCAACGAAAUUGAAAUCGUUUUUUUAUUUGAAAUCAGUAGACAUUUUCAGUUUAGGAUAUUUUUAAAUAAGUUUCGGUAUAAUAUUUUUGGUCUUUGGUACUAUUUGGGAGUUUUCAAUUUUGGAAAGUACUGAAAUACUUCAAAGUGAUAAAGCUCGCCCAGUUAUUGUAUAUAUCACAUGUAUGUUUAUAAAGUCGAAAAUUAUAUUUGAAAAAUCA